CAGGCUUCUUCUUCAGCAAGGUGUUAAUACCUCUUCUCGAGAUGAACGUGGAUGGACGGCAGGAGACUAUGCUCUUUUUAGUGGAUUUGAUGGUGGCGAAUAAGACUUUUGAAGAAGACUCUUUAAGCAGUAUUUCCAUUAAACCUCGUGAUGAUAAUGCUUCAUGGCCUACAUCAGAUGAUGAAGACUUAAGUUUGAAUAUGAAGAAUACCUCAAAACCAAACUUAAGAAAACUAAUGAAUGCUUCUCAGCUUUUCAAGAAAUUGGAAAUAGAACUUGGCCUUGUAUCACCGGGAGAUAAAACUUUAUUUGAGGAUGAUAAUUCUGAAAACAAAUGUGAAGAUACGGUUGGUGUUCCUUCCAAACCAUCUGUUGACAUCUGUGACUCUUCUCCUCCUGCUUUGCCAUCGCCUGAUUCUAUUCUAAAACCUCCUUUCACAUUGUUAGGCCUUGGUCUUACAAAGGAAGGAGAGGAGUGGCCAGCGAUUGGAACAAAGAAUGAUGGUAUUACUGAAAGUGUUCCACAAGCGCAAACAGUUAAUGACUGUUUGACUUCUGCUGACAGGGCAGAUAAAAAUGAUAGACAUGUUAUGCUGUCAGCAUUAGGAUUCGCAGAACAAAAUGAAGAAUCACCUUGGGAUUCUGAGAGUAAUUCUGAGAGUCUCCCAGAGACAUACAUUGAUCAUUUAUCUGGGAAUGCAGAUCAGAAAGGGGCAAGUACAUUAAAUGAGCAAGUAGAAGGUAAGACUUGUAUUUUAUUAAAAAGUCAUUUGAUAAAAUAUUGGUGUAAAAUGGGAGCACUGACAUAUUUCAAUAUCCAAAGAAAAUCACCUAUUGAAUUAGAGAUAAAGAGAAAGAUUGAAAAGGAGAUAAGUUGAAGUCUUAUCAGGUGUCAGUGUCAGUAACAGAUGAAAUUGAGGGUGCCACAAAGGAGCUUACUUAGUGGUUCCAUUUCAAGAUACUCUAAGACCAAAGGAACACCAGGAAAUAAGUGGAAAGGAUAAAAAGGGUGACUGACGAGAAAGUCAAGAAUACGGGGAGUAAAUGAAGGACAAUAAGCAGCUCUCAGAGUGGAAGGUGGUAAAGUAGAACAAUUCUUUAUUUUUUA